GUAUAAACCAAUUUUUAAAAGUCUAUAUAUACACAACACAUUUGUUUAUUGCAGCCAUCAUAAACUCUUUCACCAUAUAAACUUGAGAUUAUUCUCUCCCAGAAAAAGUUGCUCAUUUCAGCUCAGUUUCAUACUACAAGAAUGGCCGUGCGACAAAUGCUGAGACGGUCUUUAUCUAGCGAGAGAAGAUCAGCUUCCUCAAGAAAUGAGGUCUCAAAGGGCCAUGUUGCUGUCUAUGUAGGGGAGAGUGAGAAGAAGCGUUUUGUUGUUCCACUCUCGUACUUGAACCAUCCCUCGUUUCAAGAAUUGUUAUUUCAAGCUGAGGAGGAAUUCGGGUUCCAUCACCCCAUGGGCGGCCUCACCAUCCCUUGCAGCCAAGACACAUUCAUUGACGUCGUCUCUAGCUUGAGAAGCACAUGAUAUGUAGUAGCAAUGGUUUAGGAAAAGCACAUUUUUGUAGAUCAAACUUUAGAAAUGUAUGUAGUGACAAGAAUGAAUAUACUUAGCCAUUUUCGAUGCAAAA